CAAACAUCUACAUUUGAGACGCAAUCAAUCAAAGUAUAUUUUAAGCUACCAUCCAAGUUGCACGGAUGGCUGAAAAAUUGAAAGUUUUCCUCGUCUUAAUAGUUAUUGGUCUCAGCGAUUGUAGCGUUCAGCCUGAGGAGCACUGGACAUCUCUCAUUUUCUGGGUUCCCAAUCACUCCACCUUCUUCGGAAGAAGUUGUCUCCGGCAGAGUCACCACUAUUGCCUGCAUACAUAUGAGAGGGAAAAUAACAACAGAAAUGCUAUCUUGCCCGACGGUGAACAUCUCUCGCCUUUGAACAGGUCGGCCUACGAACACAUGUUGCAAAUGAAUUUCGAGCGCAUUAUACGACCCAUGUGGCGCAGAAUCAACUUUUUCGCAGAGUUCGAGGAGGCUG